CGCAUAAAAAUCCAUAUCUGACCUGAAUCACCGGCUGGACCGCCGGCGUCUCCGCUCUCCUUCUCUUAUUCAAUCCGGUGGUGUCUUUGUUUUCGUUGCACAGUAAACCUGUAGGCGAUGAAGAAGCGGUUGUUGUUGUUGCUGCCAAUUUCGAUCAUUUUACUGACGUCGUUAUCAGCCGUUGAAGGCGCAUCAGACGGAAUAGGAGAAUGGCAGAUCCUAACCAAACAAAACUUCUCUUCUCAGAUCCGUCUCCACCCCCGCACCCUCCUCCUCGUCACCGUUCCAUGGUGCGGCGAGUCCCGGUCCCUUACGAGGGAAGUGUCCCGGUUAGUGACUGACAAUUCAAAGGAGUUUGACUCUUUAAAAUUGAUGCUUAUUUAUAGAAACACGGAGAAAAUGUUGGCGGAUUCGAUUGGUGCUUCGGAUGGAGUAACGGUUUUUUACUAUGAUCAUUCCGUAUCUUAUAAAUACCAAGGAAAGCGUGGAGCUAAAAGUAUAUUAAAUUCUAUUUCUCCUUAUAUAUCAGCAUCACCCGAAGAACUUCCUUUAAAGCGGCUUAAUUCUGAAGAUGACUUGAAAGUGUUUCUUGAGUCGACUGAUAAAGCGUUAAUUUUAACGGAAUUUUGUGGCUGGGCUCCUAAGUUGCUGGCUAAGAUCAAGAAUAAUGGAACUGGAAAUGAUUUGACGCCUAAGGGAAUGGAAAAUGGGAAGCUGAGAUGUGGUGUUGAAAAUGGGAUUCCUGGAAUUCCUUGGGUUACUGAGUUUAGCUCGGUAAAUGACAGUGUUUCUUUCCAGGAGAGUGAGAAUUUAGAGCUUCGUCUUGGAUUGAGCUGUACCUUAAAAGAGUUUAAGCAAUUUGAUUCAUUUUUCACGAAGUUGGUCGCUGUUGCAAGAGAGUACUUAAUGCCCCCUGAAAGGCAUAGAUUUGGGCUGGUUUCUGAUAGAUCACUGAUGUCAUCUCUUGGUGUUGAAGACUCUGGUACAUUGAUGGCAGUGAUUUACUUUAAAGGAUGUCCUGGUUGUUCAAAAGUUAUCAAAGAUGGGGAUGAACUCAAGAGUGCUUUUCUGACUGACGAUUCAAUUGUUCAUGAGCUAGAGGUUGAUGGGCAAGAUCCUCAACUUGCUUUACCUGCAAAUAAGCCAUCAGUAAUCCUUUUUGUGGAUAGAUCAUCUGACUCUUCAGAAAAUAGAAGAAAAAGUAGAGAAGCUCUUGAUGCGCUUAGAGAAGUAGCACUUCACAAUCAGAUGUCAGAUCAAAUGAGUUCACAAAAUACUAACCAUCAAGGCAAAUCCUCAGACCUAGCUUAUCAAGCACUGAAGGUUACAUCUGGACAUCCUAGACUACAGCUAUCUGAAACUGCUCAAAAGAUUAAGUUAAGGGAUAAGAUGUCUUUUAUGAUUAUAAACGAGGGUAAACAUGUUACUCUAGAUAAUAUAGCUUCAGAUUUGCAAGGUAAAUCCUUGCAAGAGAUCUUAGCAUAUCUUCUUGAGAGAAAGAAGGAAGCAAAAUUGAGCUCACUUGCAAAGGAGUUAGGCUUUCGUCUUUUGUCGGAUGAUCUUGAUAUCAAAACAGCGCGGGCAUCACCAUCACAGACAGAAGGUCAAUCUAAUGAAGUUUCACCUCCUCCACCAUCUGAGGAAAGUUCUUUUAUUGGUAUUGUUGACCCACACAGUGUACCACAUAUGGAAAGCAAAUCCGCCAUGCAGCUUGAGGAAAACCCAAAACCAACUGCUGUUGAACCUUCUUCUACUUACAAUGAAGACAAGGGAACUUCUGCUGAUAAAAGUAAACAUUUCAUAUCUAUAGAACCUGACCUACUUUUGGAAGGUCUUGAGCUUGACAUAGCUGGUGAUUUGAAGUCCAAAGAGAAAAUUUCUUCUGAGAUGGACAAGUCAGGGGAACAAGAACUUCAGUUUCAAGGGUUUAAGGGUUCAUUUUUCUUAUGUGAUGAUAACUAUCGACUACUUACAUCUCUGACUGGUGGGUCUACAAUUCCAGCCUUGGUUUUAGUUGAUCCUAUGUCCCAGCAACAUUAUGUUUUCCCUAAAGACGCAAGUUUCAGUUAUGUUUCACUUUCUAAUUUCCUUCAUGGAUAUCUUAAUGGAAGUCUUGUUCCAUAUCAACGCUCUGCACCCAUUCUUCACAGCCCCAGGGAGGCUACUUCUCCCCCAUUUGUUAAUCAGGAUUUUCAUGAAAUGGAUUCCAUUCCUCCAGUUACAAUGCGUACGUUGUCCAAGCUUGUUUUUGGGUUUAACCAAUCUGACAGUGAAAAUGCCGCCCAUGCUCGCAUUGAGGAUGUUGUAGUACUUUUUAGUAGUAAUUGGUGUGCCUUUUGCCAGAGAAUGGAGUUGGUUGUUCGUGAAGUAUAUCGGGCCAUAAAGGGUUACAUGAAAAUGUUGAAGAGUGGCUCUGGGAAAGAGCAAGCAGUUUUUAAUGCUGACAAUUCUAUGAAUAAUAUGAAACUUCCACUCAUCUACCUGAUGGAUUGCGCGAUGAAUGACUGCAGUUUAAUCCUAAAAUCAGUAAACAAGAGGGAAGUUUAUCCUGCUCUGAUAUUAUUCCCAGCUGAAACUGAAAUGGCUGUCUCUUACGAAGGAGAUAUGUCAGUUGCUAAUAUAAUCAAGUUCAUAGCUCAUCAUGGAAGUAAUUCUGGUCAUGUGUUAAGUGAGAAAGGAAUUUUAUGGACCAGCACUGAAGGAGGAGGGAGGAAUCAGGAUUUAUUCAAGGAUUCAUCUGGAGCUGCAACUCAUGAGGAAGGUCCAUCUGCAAAGGACAAAUACCAUGAAGUUAUACUGAAAAACCAGAACCCAAAAAGAGUCGCUAAAUACAAUGGGCGCAGGUCUAGGUUCCCCAUAUCUACAGGCUCACAUAAAGCCACAUCUAAGGUGGUUGUUGGUUCUAUCCUUACGGCCACCAAUAAACUUCUCAACGUCAUCCCAUUUGAUAAGUCAAGUAUUAUCAUUGUGAAGGCAGAUGAAGAUGCUGGAUUUCAGGGUUUGAUAAUUAACAAGCAAAUCAGAUGGGACUCUCUAAGUGAGCUUGAUGAAGGCUUAGAGUUCCUGAAAGAGGCUCCUCUGUCUUUUGGAGGCCCAGUUCUAAGACGUGGAAUGCCCCUUGUUGCUCUAACUAGGAACAUUAGUGAAAAUCAGUAUCUAGAAGUCCUUCCAGGCAUCUACUUCCUUGACCAAUUGGCCACAGUUGCUAAGAUUGAAGAGGUAAAGGCCAGAAAUCAAUCUAUAGAUGACCACUGGUUUUUCUUUGGAUACACGAGUUGGGGCUGGCACCAACUGUUUGAUGAGAUUAAUGAAGGUGCUUGGACAGUAAGCAAUGAAGGUAACAGUUUAGAUUGGCCAUUGACUUGACCAUUUUGCCUGUCAGUUUACUUGGAGCAAGAAGCCAGACCUUUCACUUGUAAAUAUAAGAUUUUGUUAUUCACUUGUAACUAACGUGAGUAUCAGGCAAAAACUUGCAAUACCCAUUGGAAAUUCUUUUAUCAAAUUUUGAUACAAUUGUGUUUUUUUUUUUUU